UCCCUGCUGUUCCAGCAAGUGCCCAUGGUGGAGAUUGAUGGGAUGAAGAUGGUGCAGACCAGAGCCAUCCUCAGCUACAUAGCAGGGAAAUACAACCUCUACGGGAAGGACCUGAAGGAGAGAGCCCUGAUUGAUAUGUAUGUUGGAGGCACUGAUGACCUUAUGAGCUUCAUUAUGAUGUUCCCAUUCUUAUCGGCUGAGGAUAAAGAAAAACAACGUGCUGUUAUAGUUCAAAAGGCAACAAGCAGGUAUUUCCCAGCAUAUGAAAAGGUUUUGAAAGACCACGGGCAGGACUUUCUUGUUGGCAACAGUUUUAGCUGGGCAGAUGUUCAUCUGCUUGAAGCCAUUUUAAUGGUAGAAGAGAAGAAGUCAGACGUGCUCUCAGGCUUUCCUCAGUUACAGGCAUUUAAAGCAAGGAUAAGCAGCAUCCCCACAAUCAAGAAAUUCCUAGAGCCGGGAAGCCAGAGAAAACCCGUUCCCGAUGACAAGUACGUGGAGACUGUGAGGAGAGUUCUCCGCAUGUAUUAUGACAUGAAAGCCAAUUAGCAUGCCUGGCUACAAGAACAGCUG